AUGAGAGAGGCAGAGAAUGAACUGAAUGCAGAUGCACUAACUGGCAGAAGAGACAACAUCUCACUGCAAGACACAGCAACUAUCACUGCAGCUGCAAGAGAAGCAGAAGAAGAUGUAGCAAUGAAAGCAGUGCUUUCACAGCUCAUUGACACUGCUGCCUUCAAUCUGGCUUUCUUAACAGUCACAGAGAUCACAGCUGCAUUAUAA